GCCAUGAAUUUUUUUGUUGGCUUAUUGCUACUUUUGAUGCCUGAAGAAAAUGUCUUUUGGACCUUGAUGGGCAUUUUAGAUGAUUAUUUUGAUGGCUAUUAUUCAGAGGAAAUGAUAGAAUCCCAGGUGGAUCAACUUGUUUUUGAGGAGCUGGUGAGGGAGAGGUUUCCCAAAUUGGCCAAUCAUCUUGAUUAUCUGGGAGUGCAGGUAGCAUGGGUUACUGGACCAUGGUUCCUGUCCAUUUUUGUGAACAUGCUUCCUUGGGAAAGUGUUCUUCAAGUGUGGGAUGUGCUCCUUUUUGAAGGAAACCGAGUCAUGCUCUUUAGAACUGCAAUUGCUUUAAUGGAGCUAUAUGGUCCAGCAUUGGUAACAACAAAGGAUGCUGGAGAUGCAGUUACUUUACUUCAGUCAUUGGCUGGGUCCACAUUUGAUAGCAGUCAGCUUGUAUUGACAGCUUGCAUGGGUUACCAAAAUAUAAAUGAAACUCGUUUGCUUCUCAGUCUCAUCCAAGCUGCAUACUUUGUAAACCUUUUAUUAUUUCAGUACAUGUCAUUUUUUGGUUUAAACUGUGCAUUAUAUCAUUAUUUUUAACAUUCAUGCAGCACUAUCUCUACAUUUAUUUUUUAUUGUCUACUGCCUAGUAGAACAUACAUCCUCUUGCACCUUGCUCUAAAUUUGAGGAUUGUGUAUUGUAUAGAUUUCAGAUCAAAUCAGUCUGAAAUUUGGCCUGUUUCACUAAAAUUUGUUCAACUU